UAUAAUGCAUAGACCGAAACCCCACAUUCGAGUUCAACAAGAAAAGGACAUUUUGGAUGGGUUCAGCAGAUUGCAAUAAGUCUAGCCCUUGAUACAGAUCAAUCCUACUGUCGAUAAAAUCCCCAAUCUCAAGAAAAUACAGAUCUUGGAAGACAGAUAUAUAUAAAUAGAAAAGGACAAUAGAUUGUUAUUGGAAAAAAUUACAAACAUUAUGAAGAGUGAAACCACUCGAGUGGGAAGACAGAAACGAGCUUCGAGUUUUGAAAGCAGGAAGAAAAGUGAGUAAAGACAAAUCCAAAGAGAAAAUCAGAUGUUGUUAUCCAAAAUAAGUAAUAAAAAGUCAUCCUAUUCCAAAAACCAUUUUGAUAAAGAGUGGAAUAAAACUAAACAAUAUUUUAUCAAUCUUGGAGGGUUGCGUACUUUAAGUUCAAAGUAAAAACAGUUUAAUUAUUCAUUUUUAUAUUGA